AUGGGGACAGCGCUGCAGUUCAUCAGCCAGGAUGCGCAUGGCAUAGGUUCCUCGGACCGACGUAUCAUUCGUUCUCAUGUCAUGAGAGGCAAGACCGCAGGUAAACCACACCAUUCAACACGAAAAGGAGUUCCCUCCAUUCACGUCAGACGCAUCAUCACUGGGACAUCAAGCUCAGGGUUCUCGAAAUCGCGACAGCUACUCUGGAACGACUUAUGCCUAACGACAUUUCCUCAACAACUAGACUCUGAGUCCACCAAACUCAUGCAUCGAUGGUUCUUUGAUAUCAGUGAUGCGUUGUUUCCGCCCCAGUUCUGCUCGAAGUUUGAUAUGGUCAAGUCCAUAUGGGUGAACUGCAUCCUGGCAGACAAAGCAUACUUUCACUGCACGCUGGCGAUAUCAGCUUCUUACAUCAACUUCCUUGAGCGUGAAUCUCGAUUAUCUUUACAGACUUUCCAUCAUAUAUCGAAGGCGUAUGAGCUGGUCAAUCUGAAGCUCUCAGGCCCCGGAUCAAUUUCAGACAGCGCCAUAGCUGCCGUGAUUUGUCUUGUAAUUUACCAACAAAUACAUAAUCAGCUCACCGUUGGCUUAAUUCACCUUCAAGGGCUCUAUCGCAUGAUUCAACUACGAGGAGGAGUAGUCGAACUGAUGCAGCACAAUCGUAUGUUAGCGUUGAAGGCAUUGAGGCUCGACGUCGAGUUGGCAUUACAAAAUGGGUCUACUCUGUUCAAAAGUGACGAAGUGGCUCUUUGCAUGACGUCAAGCGAUUUUCAUGGUCCUAAGGAGCAGUCCCUCGGCGCAACUCCUAAGCUUUCAGAUAUUAUGCUCAAUGUUGUUGAGUUUGCCAGUGAUCUAAACGACCGAUCAAGGAAGGGACACAGGAAGCUCGAGCCGAUGAAGUUUACGGAAACACUAAUAUCACUUCUCUACCGUCUGAUGGAGGGCGCCCCUCUGAGACGACCAAACUCUGUGCCUGGGGAGCUUUCUGGGAAAAUGACACAUCUAGCAAUGCUGGCUUUCCUGACCUCUUUGCUUCCGGUGUACGUCCAUGAUUGCUCCAGUUAUCCUCUUCUUUCCGACUGUCUUCAGUACACUAUCCAGGGGUUCCAUUCAAACUACCUUGAUACUGAGACGAGUGGAACGUUAUUGAUUCUAUGGAGUCUGUUUAUUAGUGGCGUGUCUGUUCUGAAAUACGGCAAGCAUAACUGCUUGUUACUAUCCAUUUCAAAGUGCUGCGAGCGCCUGGGCAUAUCUGAUUGGCCGACUGUCCGUCGAAAGCUCAGUAGGUUUCCUUGGAUAUAUACAUUACACGAUAUUCCCGGCAAACGGCUUUGGGAGGCUGCCCAAAAAGAAGUACUCGGAAUUCCGGGAAGCCUCAAGGAAGUAGCUAGUUGA